GUGAUUACCAAAAGCAGCGGGUAAUACAUAUUGUGGGAAAAUACAACUGCCCACUUGAAUUACGCGGCCUGGGAGUCGGAUUGGACUGUCCGUCUUCAUUAACUCUUUCGACAACCAGCUCAAGCUUUGCCCACUCUUUCUAAUGCUCAUGCCUGACAUGGAUUCACUCGACCAUCCUCAGCAAAGGCGGUUCAACCCUUACACAGAAAACGGCGGUACAAUCCUUGCCAUUGCUGGUGCAGAUUUCAGUGUUAUUGCUGGCGACACACGACAGAGCGAAGGGUACUCAAUCCAAACGCGAUACGCACCAAAGGUCUUUCGAUUGACCGAUCGCGCGGUGUUGGCUGUAAACGGGUUCUCAGCAGAUGGCAAUAUGUUUGUGAAGAAAGUGAAACAACGUCUCGAGUGGUACCGUCACGCCCAUGCGAAAGAUAUGCCUCUACGAGCAAUAGCAAGAUUAAUUCAAACGAUGCUUUAUGCACGCCGGUUCUUUCCGUACUACGUGUAUAACAUCUUGGGUGGCAUCGAAGAGGAUGGCACUGGUGCCGUGUAUUCAUUCGACCCCGUGGGCUCGUAUGAGCGAGAAGCAUGUCGUGCUGCAGGUGCUGCUCAGUCAUUAGUCCAGCCAUUCCUGGACAAUCAAAUCUACUUCAAGAACCAACAAGCUGCACUGGGGACUUCACAUCCGUCACAUCUACCCCUAGAGACUGUCUUGUCGAUAGUCAUCGACUCCUUCACGAGCGCAACUGAGCGCCACAUCGAAGUCGGUGAUGGCCUUGAAAUUUUCAUCGCCCUUGCGAAGGGACGUACUCUACAGGGUACGGAAAGCAUCAGGGGUCUGCAAGAGCUUACAGUGGCGGAAGAUGGGGAACGCUUGUUUGUUAUGAGGCGGGAUCUGAAGAAGGAUUAAAUUGCUUGUAUUCUGAACAGCUUUUCCCUUGAUGAAUACAUUUUUGUGACUGUCGCAG